GGAUAUCCUUUGGAAGGGAUGAGAGACGGUGGCCGAGAGGCUCACAUCAAAAUGGCCGCAUUUUAGUCUACAGACGAUUUUCUUUACUGUUUGCCAAUAGCCGCAUAAAGGGCCUGGCAGUGUUCCCUUAAGUGGCAGAUCUGUUUCGCAGGAAAUUUCGCUGUUGAAUAAUCUGAAAAUUUUCGUGAAAUAGAACAAACUUCGGUUUUGCAUCAUUUUUUUUACAUGAUGUUACGCCAUCAACAUCACGCAAUGCAAAACCAACUUCGAGAUCAUAAUAGAAUGGGUGGUCCGAUGCGUCCUAUGCAACAGGCAAAUAUGGCCCCUUUACAUCAGCCUCAGCAUCCGUUAUCGCAUCGGAAUCCACAUCAACAAAUACUGUCCAUGCCCCCCCAUCAACAACAUAUUCAUCAUAUGCAACAUCCUGGUCCACCACAUGGAAAUCCACGACAACCAAUGUUGAUGGGCAUGAAUGCACAUAAUACGAAUGGCACUAUGGUUAGCGUCAGUCUAAAGGAUCAGACAAAUACUGUUUCUGUGACUCUACAAAAUCCUAAUGUACCACCACCACAGUAUUCACAACAGCAAAACAAUCAACGAAAUCCUCCGCCUCCACAACAUAUUCAACAACCACAAAGCAUAGAAUCAAAUAAACCUGCUACAAAUGAAACAAAGAAUGGAGAGUCCAGAGAUCAGAGUCCACCUACUCAAAAUCAUAUUAAUGUGACUGAUUCAGCUUUGGCAAACAUGAAAGAAAAAACACCAAUGUGCUUAUUGAAUGAAUUAGCACGUUUUAAUAAAAUUCAGCAUCAAUACAGAUUGACUAACGAACAAGGACCAGCGCACAAAAAACGAUUUACAGUAACACUAAAAUUAGGAGAAGAAGAAUAUGUUGCUGAGGGUCCUAGCAUAAAAAAAGCUCAGCAUAGCGCUGCUACUGAAGCAUUAACAAAAACUUGGUAUCAACGGCCUCCGCCGAAACCUACAAAGACGAUGAGAGCUGGACAUCCAGGAAAAUGUUUUAGUGGUCCUGGAAAUUUACCCCCAACUGUUGAAUUAAAUGCUUUGGCUAUGAAGAGAGGAGAAGCUACAGUCUAUACUUUUAGACAAGCUCCACCAGCAGGAUUACAACAAUAUGUUACAAAUAGUUUAGGACAUUUUCCUCGAAUAUUUAAUCCACGUUUUCCUACUUAUAAUCGUGGUUUUCAUGCAGAACCUCAAUUAUAUCUUGUAUCCUUAAAGGUAGGAGAACGUGAAUUUAUUGGUAGAGGUCUGACAGGUCAAGCAGCGCGACAUGAUGCGGCGAGUAAAGCUUUAGAACAAUUACGCCAAUUACCAUUACCGGAAGAAGUAGCAAAUUGUAAUACUGAAAACGGUACAUUAGGUGAAGCUAAAGAUCCAAUUGCAGAGUUGAAAAGUCCAGUAUCUUUAGUUCAUGAGAAAGCAUUAAAACGUGGUUUACCUGUUAGUUUUGAAGUUGUAUCAGAAAUUGGUAAACCUCAUAUUCGAACAUUCAGAACAAAAUGCACUGUUGGAGAUAAAGUUACAUUAGGAGAAGGACCUUCAAAGAAAGUAUCAAAGAAACAUGCAGCUGAAUUCAUGUUAGAAGAACUCAAUCGUCUACCUCCGUUGCCAGAAACUAUACAAAAUCGUCUUGUUCGAGUAAAACGUAAACCACCGGCAACAAAAAAGAAGUCGCGAAAUCUUAUAAAAGUUUAUCAAGAACCACGCUCUGAAUCUGAUACUGCAGAAGAAGUUAAUCCUGUUUCGCGAUUGGAUCAAAUACAACAAGCUAAACGAGAAAAGGAACCCGUUUAUAAUUUAAUUGAAGAAAAAGGAGCACCAAGGCGAAAAGAAUUCGUUAUGGAAGUUACUAUGGGACAACAUUCUGCUCAAGGGAUUGGUCCAAAUAAAAAAUUAGCUAAAAGAGCUGCGGCAGAGGCUCUUUUAGCGCAAUUAGGUUACAGUAAGCCUCAACCACAACCUACUAAGCCAUCAAUUAAAACAGGAGAAAGUGAAAAUACUGAACAAAAACCUAGGAAAGUCACAUUUUUAGAAGAUGAACAAAUUAAUGAAACUCAAUCUCAUCCACCAGUAGGAGGAACUAUUGGACGUCAGUUAGUACCUGGACUUUUAUUAGUGGAUGGAGGUCAGGAAUCUAAAUUAGGCAGCGGACCUAGUGUACAAAUUGUUGCCGAAGAAUUACGAGGACAACAGCAACAAAAUCCACCUACUGUUUCUCCCAAAGAUCAAUUAAAAUAUCUCUCUCAAUUAUUUAACUUCAGCGUGGAAUUUAAUGAUUUUCCAAAGGGAGCAGUGAAUAAAGAAUAUCUAUCACUUGUAACAUUAAGUACAGAUCCACCACAAGUUUGUCAUGGUAAUGGGCCAACGAGAACUGCGAGUCGUAACGAAGCAGCAUUGAAAGCUUUAUGUACUUUAAGUAAGCUGGGUCUCGAUAAUGCAUCCAACUCACAAACAAAAAAAGAUAAAGGUGCGUCUGGAGAUGGAAUACACAUUAGCAUUCAAGUUAAAAACAAUAUAAUGGAUGGAGCUAUUGAUAAGUAAUUAUAUAGUAUUUAAGACUUAGAUAAGUUUAUAUUGCCCUUUUAAGGCAUUGCAAAGGAAAAUUAACUUAAGGAUAUUUCAUAAAGUCAUUGAUGAGAACAAUAUAUAUUAGAAAAAAAAUUUUAUCCAACCAAAUGAUUUCAUUUAUAGGUUUGGUAUUAAUUUGUAUAUUAAUAUUAAACCUCUAUAUUGAAAUUAAAUAAUUUUUAAAAAUAAUGAUUUAAUUGAAUUCUCCUUAAUUUAUUACAGAUAGACAGAUACAGAAGUCAAUGUUCUGUUUCAUUAUUAAUAUAUGUUUAUAAUACUUUUUAUUAUUUAGGAAUGCAAGUUUUUAUUUUUAAUAUAUAUGUUGCUUUUAUGUAUUCUCUUCCAAUUAUUUUUUACAUAAUAUUAAUCAUGUGUUCUAUUUUUAUUAAUAUAUUUACAUAUAUUACAGUUGUUGAAUGAAGUAAUCGGAGGGAAAAUGAGUCUUCUCGAUCUAUCUCUCUGGGCCUUAUUACAUGGUAACUUCAAUAUUGAAUCACCGAUGACUCUCGAUCUUCAUACAUUACGCCAUUGCUUCUUUAACUUAACGGAUCGCGGAUUUUGAAGAUCAGUAGCUUUUUAUGAAGGAUCAAUCUUUUGCAGUGCCUUAAUCGCAACAAAAAUUGGUCAAGCACCAAUAAAUGAUAAAUAAAUAACAAAGAAAUAUCUUUCUUUUUUUCUUUUUCUUUUCUAUUUUUUUUUAUAUUAUAUAAUAAAAAUCAAUUGUUUGUAAUAAACUUUGAUGGAUAUCUAUAACAAUUAUAAGUAUGGUACAAAGUGUAAACAUUAAUACAUAAAUAAAUAUUAUAAUUUAAAUCAUGUUUUUUACACUUAAAUAUGUAAUUGCAUCAUGAAAUAAUAAAUGUUAUUGGUGCUUGAUCAAGAUUGUGAUCCUAACAGUGGUUCAUUGAUUCUAUUAUAUUUAUUAUAACAAUUUCAUUGAUAGGACCACAAUCAAUAAACAUAAAAUGUUUAAACAUCAUGAAUAAAAUGGUCAUUUUCCAGAGAGAUGUGGUUUAUGAUCAUGAAAGCAUUAUAGAAAUGUUAAGCGAAAAAUAUUGAAAUCUGAGAUGAAAUGCGGCCAUCUCCUAAUUUCUCUAUUUAAUCCUUGGCUUUCUCUUAUUCUUGCGAAUAAAAUGUCUGUUAUGUCUUAUUACCUACUAUGAUCGCGUACAAAUCAAUGAAACAAUUUUAUGAGUCUUCAUUUAUAUAGAUUUAAAAAUAAUUUUGGUAGAUUCAUCUUAUUUCAUACAAAAAUUUUUUACCGUUUUGUUGAACAAAGCGGGAUUCUUAAUAAUCAUUAAUUUUGAAAUUGUAUAUAACAAUCAAAAUAAGUGUAUUUUUUCGAUUAGAAAUUUUAAGGAUUUAUGUAUUAAGUGUCUCCAACUGAGAAAUCAGUAUUUUUAUGACGAUAACAUUCACGCAAAUGAAAGAAAAUAUUUAGGAAUUUCUAUUGCUUUAUUAAAUCAAUAUUAUUAUUACAUUGGUUUACAAGAUUAAUUAUAGAUAAGUGAUAACAAAUGCAAAAGAUUUGACAAUUGGUUGGGGACUCUUUAAACGUAUUCGGAUAUUCUACAAGUUUCCGUUUUCAAAUUUGUAAAAUUAAAAAAAGGUAAUGUGAUAUAUUCAUAUUAUUGCCCCAAUUUGCUUUUCUAUGGGGCCUAGAAGCACUCUGGGGUUAUUCGUGUUUUACAGGAUAUUGAGAAGUAGAGGACAUUCAAAUUUUCAUACAUCCAUUAUCUAAAACGAAAAUAAAUCUGGAUGUAUUGGAAAUUAUAAAUAAGAUGGUAAUAAUUCAAAAUUUGCCUCGUUGAGUCAUAAUUAUUAAAAAAAUAUAUUUAACUUAAUCAUAAUGAAAAAUGAUAAAACAACAUUGAGAAACAACGUUGUCAAAUUUUGUCUUAUUGCCAAGUUUAUAACGAUAAACUAUUAAGUUGAUACAAAAAAUAUCCGAUAAUGAAUGAAGAUAAUGUCGAAUAAUAAACGUUCUAUCUAUAUCAUAAGAACAAAGAAAAUAUAAUAUUAUAUUUCUCGCAUAAAGACUUAUCUUAUAUUCAUUAUUCUCAUCGUAUCAUUUUAUAGGGGUUUCUUAAAUAUUAAUGAAUCUUUAAAAAAAAAAAACAUACACAAGUAAUGUUUCAAUACGAUUAAUUUUUCACAAUACGUAAUAUGCUCCGUCACGGAGAUAGAAAAAAAGGAUUGCUUCUAUCAUUUAUAAUACUUUUUUCUUUCAGAUAACCUUUCGUAACGCGAAACCUUCCGAAUAAUUUAUAGGUCACUCGAGGACGAGUUAAUGAAUGUUCCUUUUUCUGAGAUAUCGCUUCAUAGGUGGGCCUUCCUUCUUCACGUGGGAUUCAGUGUUCCAAAUAAAAGAAACAAGGAAAACGAGUCAUGAUAAGAUUCUUUCACAUAAUUAUUUCGGUAAAAAAAAAAAAAAAAAAAAGAAA